CUUAUAAUAAGGGACAGCUCUGGAGGAGGUCUUCUUACACAUUAUGUGACAUACUCUAUAUGACGAAUCCAUCCCACGACCAUCGUCCAGAUCCAUUUAGGUACUUAAACAGAUAUUGUUCAACACAACUUGAGUCUGAACGUGACCCAUCUUCAAGGAACUAGAACAGAAAAGUAAUGAUGCACAGCACCACGUCGUCGACGCAGAGGAUGCGGAGUGUCGGCUCUCGUGGUAGAGAAGGGAGCCAAAAUCGCGCUCAUCAGUCCUCUCCUCCUGUGAACCACCAGCCACCAAGUGCACAGCAUCAAGAACAUGCGAGUAGAAGCACUGGCGGGACAUCGACGACUGGCAUUGCAGGAGGAGUACACGAGUCGAAUCCGUCAGGAGGAGUAGACGAGCCUCUGUGUCAUCAGAUGGCUAUGGCUGACAUUCAAGCCGUUGACCAGCACUUGCUUGCUUCGGAACCGAAGAAAAACCGCGCUCAAUUUCAGGCAUUAAUGACGCAACACAUCAGACGACUGCAUCGAGAUCGGAAUGCUAGAAAUAUUAAGAAAAUGCAUAAUUCUCUAAGGUGGAAUAUAGCACAGCUGGAUUAAUAUCUUAGAAGCUACUCCUCCAUUCAUUGCUCGUAUUUCCCGCCUCUUUUCUCACGCUUACCAGAUACUAAGAAAAAGCAUGGUGCCUUCAUGGUCCGAGCAUGAUCCCUGGCCUCUUUUUCUUCAAGGGAAGAGCGGGUCUCGGGAGGUCUACUCAGGGAUGCUACGAGGUGGCACAACUUCUAGCUCUAAUAAUACAGGACUUGUUUCCGGAGGAUUCGUAACAUGUUCUUGUAGUACUUACUAAGUACUACAAGAACAUUCGCUAGCUCUAAUAAUACAGGACUUUCCGGAGGACUCCUUGUUGGAAGUACAACUCGUAAUAGUACAUCAGCAGACAGGUGGUGGCGGCAACUUUUUUCAGAAGUACAAGAGCGUGGUGCGAGGAUCGAAGAUGUGGUGCCGGAUGUGAUGAGCAUUCCGAUCCGGGAUGUGCCAGAGGAGCCCCAGCAAGGCGGAACGGGAGAUUUCCCAAGUGGAGCUUCCGGAAGAACUUCUUUCACAGCAGCUGGAGCCCUUCUGUUAUGGGUGUAGGGAAUUCAUCAUCUCAUUAAAUGAGUCAUCUGAGAGGGAGAGAAAAAGACGAGAGGAAAAAGGGACCCAGAUGAUCCCUGAGCUGAAUUCCCUAUAGUACUUCUAAUUCUAGCACCUUGUGGAACGGAUGCAGACACGGGUGGGACUAGUGCAGCCAGGACACUGACUGGACGGAGUCCGGCUAUUGAAAUGUUGGCGAGUGCUGGGACUACGAGGACGACCGAAAUUCCACAACUACAACAUGCUCCCGCUCCUGUGUCUGAGCAGCAGCAAAUACUACAUUCAGAGCAGCUGCAAGUACAGCAAAGACCAUUACAACCUCCAGGCGGCGUAGACCUUGACACUUCUUGGUCCUCUAUUGCAUCUUCUGAUAUUCUUGAUGCGCCUGGUCAAGGUUGCAGUUCUCAGGCUCACCAAGUAAAUAAAGGUAGAGGAGGUUGUAGGGCAGGAGAAGCCGCGCAGCACACCACAGCCGGAUUUACGAUUUACAAAGGUUCUGCAGAUACUCAAGGAGCGUGUGGACCUUCGGAGCAGAUUGGUCCGAGUGGUCUUAGUGGAGCUCUUGAAAAUCUUGAUAACGUUCACAUGCUAAAGGUGAAAAAGCCGGAAAACCAUUACCAUACUGCUUCUACCAGGGAACAACAGGCUCAACACCAACAGCAUCAAGCUACGAUCCGCUUGAACAGUGAGGAAGAUCCAAGAUUGAGGGGUCGAUUUCCUUUGAAAACUGUAGCACAACUAAUUUUGAGGAGGUGUGCCACUGCAGGAAUAGUGCCUCAUGACCAAGUAGGUCCUGGUUCAUUUACUACAGGACUAGUUGGAGAUGUUGAUGGAGGACAGGAUGGUCCUGGCUCUCAGAUGAAUGUGGUAAUGAAUAGCAGCUGUACUUGAUGCUGCCGUGGUGUAUGCAGGUACAGUGGUUUUUUGUGCUCGUUCUUAGAACGACGGGCACGAAGAAUGAAGCAGCUGUGGUCCUCUUCAAGCGCGGC